AUGCGUAGCUCACUCUUGCGCCGUCUUCAUCCUCCGGCCAAAUUCCCUGUUGCCCGGUAUUCUUUUGCGCGACGCUUAUCCACGCAUCCAAUAGAGCCAACGAAGGCUUCAUCCUUUUGGUCCCUUACAUUCACAAUCGCCGUCGUUGGAGGAGGCGCUUGGCUCCAGAACAAAUACUUCGGUCCCAAAGACACAUCGACUAUAUCUGAGCCUCAGAUUUUCCCGCAAGAAUCGCAACAACACACCCUUGGAGUGAUCGAUACCCUCACGAUGUCCGCCCAGCCCGCCCCCGGAACCGUCGGGAACCUUACCCCGGAGCAAGAAGUUAAGCUCAAGGAAUUCUGGGUCUUGACACUCAAGGUCUUCGGUCUCACACUCGAGGAGCUUGAAAUCCCGCAGUCCGCCGUCACCAGCAAUGCCCCGGCAUCUGCCCCGACCCAGGAUAAGAAGAAGUCGAAGAAGGGGUGGGGCCUCUGGGGUCGCGCCGACGACGAUACAAAGGGCGCUUCCUCCGAUAGCCUCGCAGCCGGCGUAGCAGCGAUCAGCGUGGCCGAUGCCGAUGAUAAGUAUGGCCAGUCCAAGGAGUACAAGCAGGCACUGGAGGAUAUGAAGCCCGAGGAGAUCCGAACGGCAUUCUGGAGCAUGGUGAAGGGCGAUAACCCCGACGCACUGCUGUUGCGAUUCCUCCGUGCGCGCAAGUGGGAUACCAAGAAGGCGCUGGUGAUGUUGAUCUCCACCAUGCGCUGGCGACUGCUGGAGAUGCAUGUUGACGAUGACAUCAUGUUCAAUGGCGAGGCGUUGGCUGUAAAGCAGUCGCAGGGCUCGGAUGCUAAGGAAAAGAAAAAGGGAGAGGACUUCCUCACGCAGAUGCGUCUGGGUAAGAGUUUCCUGCAUGGUGUUGACCGGGCUGGUCGCCCGAUCUGUGUUGUGCGUGUGCGCUUGCAUAAGGCUGGUGAUCAGGACAAUGAAGCCCUGGAGCGGUUUACUGUGUAUACUAUUGAGACCGCGCGUCUAUUGCUCGCGCCGCCGAUCGAGACUGCAACUAUUGUCUUCGAUAUGACGGACUUCGGUAUGGCCAACAUGGACUACGCCCCCGUGAAAUUCAUGAUCAAGUGCUUCGAAGCCAAUUACCCCGAAUGCCUCGGAGCAGUCCUCAUCCACAAGGCCCCCUGGCUAUUCUCAAGCAUCUGGAGCGUGAUUAAGGGCUGGCUCGACCCGGUCGUCGCAGCGAAGAUUCACUUUACGAAGAACCGCCAGGACCUCGAAACCUUCAUCCACCCAAGUCAAAUGAUGAAGGAGCUCGAUGGCGACGAAAACUGGGUAUACAAGUAUGUCGAGGUACCGGAGAACGAAAACCCCAAGAUGGCCGACAAAGAGACCCGGGAUACUCUGAUGGCCGAACGUCAAGAACUCGCCAAGGAGAUCCAGACAACCACCGUUGACUGGAUCCGCGCCAGCUUCAAGAAGGAGACCGAUGCUGCUUCUGCUGCCGAGGAGAAGCGCAAGGGCUUGAUCGAGAAGCUGCGUGCUCAUUACUGGGUCCUUGACCCGUAUGUCCGGUCUCGUUCGCUCUACGACAGACUGAAUAUCGUCCAGGGUGAAGGCAAGAUUAACUUCUACCCCGAUUCGGAGAAGAAGGGUGCAGAGGGUGCAUCCGCAUAG